AUGUCUCCUUCACUCGUAGGUCCUGGCACGGCCGAAGUGCAGAACCUCUCACCGACAACCACGAACGAAUUCAUGAACCCCAACGCGACCAAGAUCCCCAGAGAAUCCAUCCUUGCUUUGUUUCCCACCGAGCAAGUAUGGAGGAACGUGUCGACAUCCGCUCGAGAGAGUUCUUGCUUCCACCGCAAAAGCAUCAUCGCCCAAGUCCUGCACCUCAGCUGCCUCAAGAACUGCGUCGUGCCGGAACUACUCCAUCGAGGCAGCCUGCUCGUGCAAGGUGCAUUCCCCUUCUCGGCCAUGUCUCAGGACAUCGUUGAGAACCAACACGCAUGGAUUGCUUGGGCCGUCUCACUCGACGAGACCAUCGCCAAUGUCCUCAAACAGAUCACCUGGCUGGACCUCCUCGAGGAAGAAUACGUGUCCGUCGACCCGUUGUGGAUGAAUUUCUGGCGUCUGCACCAAGAACAUGAGCAAUCGAAUUCUUCCCAUCCUCCCAGCGCCUGCACCGACACCGAACAAACGACGCCACCCUCCACCACCCUGCUUGAACUGGAAGAAAUUUACGCGGCAUUGGCCCGGCAUAACCGACGUAGACUGUUUUUGCAGAUGAAGAUUAUGCAGGGCAGGGGCUGGGUCGCGCGGCUGUUCGAGCAAGUGCCUCCUUGGAUCCAUUGGGAAGAGGUCGUCCGGGACAUAUUGAGUGCUGGAAUGAGAGAGCAGUUUCACCACCCUGGAUUGACAAGAGAGCAGGAAACCGGGUUUGUCGAGGAAAUCGAGGAGGAAGAGGAGGAGGAAGAGGAAGAGGGAGAAUUUGAGUUGUGA